CAGAGUCCAUGGGCCACAGGAGGUGCUGACAUCCACCUGCUGUACAGGCAGGCAGCUUCACCUGUGCCUGCAGGUGCAUUGAAGCACAGGUGUGAACAGCAAGCACAAGGUGAGAGCGGACAGGUAAUGAUUUCACACGACUGAGCAGUUCCAGUGAUGUCAAACACGGAUCCCAGGCUGCUCUGAUGGAAGAUCUCAUGGUGUUCGUGUCACAGGUCGGACCAGGCGAGCAGCACGGUUUACUUCACUGCAUGCUGCUGACGCCCACCUGCAGGAUCAUGAAGCCUCCUACCUGUACAGAGCGACUGUAAUAAGUGCAACCAUCCGUUACCACUGUCCUCCUGACCCACCAAGGCUUCCUUCAGAGGCAGUAUCAGAUGAAUCUGACCCCAGAUCUGCUUUCUGUGUCCCUGAGAGCACAAUGCAGCCUCCAGUCUCAGCAGGUCGACAGAGCAGAUCAGUUUUUAACAUGGUUCCUGUCUGCUGCGCUUUAUUUUGGAAAUCACACAACAGGCAAACACAUCUGAGCUGAGCUGCAAUUUUGAGUUGUGGGGGGCGCCGUCGUUUGGAUGCCAGGUUAAUGUUAUUCCGCUUACCCGGCCUCGGGUUGAAGUUAUUCCGGCUCAGUGAGCAGUUAUUGCAGCUGUUGGCUGUUUUCUGACCCACAGGAGGACGUGAGAGCAUAGCUGUUGAAACAGCGCUCGGAUUCAUAAAGGCUGAAGGUGAACCACAGUUCUUUCUUUCACACUUGGAAUUCUUUGCAUGAUUAUCUGGUUUGGAGCAUGUGGGAAGCCGUGACUGAGAAAGGUCUGAAAAGCCUUUUUAUUCCGAGACGAAUGAUUACUGGAUGCCGAGUGAGUGCAAGGAGCCUUUGUUCUUUGGACUCCGCCCCCUCGCCCUUGUGCUGAAGGAUUUCUGCAGGUGGAGGACAAUGGCGAGAAGGUCUGCUGCUUUGUUUCUGCUGUUCUGCUGCUCCGUCAGUCGGGGCUGGUCGGAGGCUUCGGUCCCCCGCCAGCGGUAGUCUCCCCGGCCCUCCCCGUCCUCUGGGAUGAGCUGCGAGGGCUGAAGGAGCUUGUGCUGAGCCUGAAGGCGGAGGAGGUGGGCCGGCGUCAGAUCCUGAGAAGGGUGGAGAGCUGGCUGAGGGAUGGAGAGGUGGAGGCCGAGCAGCAGAGACGGAGCAUGGAGGGACUGAAGGAGGAAGCGCUCCGACAGGCAGAGGAGCUGAGGGGGAGGGUGGAGGAGCUGGAGGAGCAGAGCAAAGCUCGAGCCGCCGACGUGUCGAAGCUUCAGUCCAGGCUGAACAGCAGCGAGCGCUCGACGGAUGACCUGAAGAAGAAGAACUCAGCUCUGGCGGCGGAGUUGCCGUUCCUGCAGACAAGACUGAGGGCGAGCGAGAGCACCGUGGAACAGCUGAGGAGGAAGAACGCAGGUCAUCAUCAUCAAGCACUCACUCUAUCUGUGUUGGCGGCCAGACUGUGUAACGCCGAGAGUCUGAUGGAGGAGCUGAGGCGGCAGAUCUCAGAGUUUCCGGCCUCCAACGCCUCGUCUCUGACGCCUGACAUGUUGGAGCUGGAGGCUCGACUGGGCGCCCGUCUGGAGGACCUGAGCUCUGACGCUGAAGCUCUGCGGGGUGGACUGAAGUCACUCCAGGAGAUGCUGAAACCAGCUUCAGACCUGCAGCUGCUCAGCUCCUCACCAGUGGAGUCGGCGGGCGCUUCAGCGCUCGGCAGCAGGCUGAGUGACGCUGAACGCCGCUUGGAUGAGCUGCACACACAAACCUCAGCUGUCAGAGCCUCGUUGGAAGAAAACCUGUCGGCUGUGAAGAGUCAGGUGCAGCAGCUGGAGCUGACCAGCACGGCUCAGACCGACUCAGUGAAGCAGCUGCAGCUUAAACUAAACUCCACAGAGCAUCAGAUCCACGAGCUGCAGACUGUAACAUCAGAUCAAAGCUCCAAACUGACGAAGCUGCAGACAAGCGUGAACACGAGCGCGAGCCUGCAGGGCGACCUGAACACAGAGAUUAUGAACAAACUGAGAGACGAUGAGAAACAGCUGGAACAGAUGAAGGCUGAGCACACAGCUCAGACCGACUCAGUGAAGCAGCUGCAGCUUAAACUAAACUCCACAGAGCAUCAGAUCCACGAGCUGCAGACUGUAACAUCAGAUCAAAGCUCCAAACUGACAAAGCUGCAGACAAGCGUGAACACGAGCGCGAGCCUGCAGGGCGACCUGAACACAGGCCGUGACAUCGAGCUGUCGGCCACGAUGCUCAGACUGAACGUCACCGAGCGGCGGUUGGACGAGCUGAUGACACAAAACACAGUGCGAGCCGCUGAGCUGGAGUCUGUUUCGGACCGACUGAUGGCGGCACAGAGACGCGCUGAUGAGCUGCAGGUCAGGCUGAACCAGCUGAGGGCCUCGUCCGAGGAAGGUGAGCUGAGGGUGGCGUUUUCAGCCGGUCUGACCGAUUCGGGGUCAGUGGGACCGUUUGAUGAAGAAACAACUCUGAUCUUCUCCAAAAUCAUCACCAACGUCGGCGAAGCCUACAACCAGACAGCAGGUGUUUUCACGGCUCCUGUCAGAGGACUGUACGUCUUCAGCUUCACGGCUGCAGAUUACGUGAAAGGCUACAUGGGCCUGUACCUGUACAAGAACGACCAGCCGAUCGUCUUCAGCCUCGACCUGAACGACCACGGCGGCUACGCCUCCACGAGCAACGCAGUGUGUCUGGAGCUGGAGGAGGGCAACCGGGUGCACCUCGGCCUGCCGGCCAGCUACCGCCUCUAUGACGACUCCCGAAACUUCAGCGUGUUCUCUGGCUUCCUGCUGUUCCACCUGUGAUGGUGACGUCCUGGGAUACACCCAGAUUAUCCAACCUUUGUACAGCAGAGCGAACAGGAAGUGGGAUGAAAGAGGCCACGCCCUUAAUAACGCAAACUUUACUCUUUAAUAUAAUGUAAAGCGGAGGAAAUGAUCUUGUAAACAUGUUUAACACGAGUCUCACUGCUGCCUCGUUGGUCACCUGAGGAACUGCAACUGUUUGUGCUCCAGUGAUCAUUUCAUGCAAAAGUCUCAGGAGGAGCAGUGACUUUAGCCCCGCCCUGAAUGUAGCAGUCAGUGAAAUAGCGUUCUCAUGUAUUGAUCAAUAAAGUUUUAACAGAU